AUGUCAUCUAAUCCUGUUACACCACAAAACAGACGUCGUCUGCAUAGAUCGUCAACCGGACCUUCCACAUCCUCCCCAGCAAUUAUACCCAUUGAUGCCAAUAAUUUACCAUUUGAAUCACAAGCAAUGUUGGCUAAAUUCGCCAGAUUGGCCGAUGGAGUAGAAGAAUUAAAAUCACAUGUUACAAGUAUGGAAAAGGUUCAUCAAUCAGUUUCACAAGAAUUCAAUGAAGGUUUGGCAAGUUUAUUGUAUGGAUUAUCCAUGACCAUGUGGUGUGUUGGUUUUCUGGGUGGUCCAACCAAAGUCAACAUCGAAAAAUUUCAGCAAAGAAUAGAACGAGCUAAAAAGAUUGCUCAACUAAAAAAGAGAUUGGCCAAUUCCCAAAGGCUAAACUCAAACUUGAAGGCACAGCUACAGGAAGUUAAACAGAAACAGCCAGUGCCAAGAAACACCAGAGUUGUAUCAAAACCAAGACCUGCUCCUGUGAAACAAACUCGUAUUCAAAUAUUAGAUCGAAGCAAAGCUUCCGAAGUGCCUUCACUGAAUGAUAGCACCUUUAUAACUAAUCCUAGUCAAUCCAAAAGAACAACUACUACUCAACCAGUUAGAAGUCCUUCAUACAAGCGUCCAAAUCUUAACCAACCAUCAAGGUAUUUAGCAGGUUUAUUUGGCGGAACCUCAAACAGGGAACUGGUACGCAAGCAACCAAACAAACCUAGGUUUGCCAAGUAA